UAUCCAUAGACAACAUUUACAACACUUUUUUUUCUGCGAUUGGUACACAUGUUGAUUUGAAGGCAUUGGUUGGCCAGAUUAUAUUUCUUUUCCCAUCCGUAGCCGAUUGGUGUCGUGCUAUCCAAAUGGGUAAACCCCGAGGAAUACGUACCGCGCGUAAGCACGUGAACCAUCGCAGAGAGCAGCGAUGGGCAGACAAGGAGUUCAAAAAAGCCCACAUGGGCACAAGGUGGAAGGCUAAUCCCUUCGGUGGAGCAUCUCACGCUAAGGGCAUUGUCUUGGAGAAAGUUGGUGUUGAAGCCAAACAACCUAACUCCGCUAUCCGUAAGUGCGUCAGAGUGCAACUUAUCAAGAACGGCAAGAAGGUGACAGCGUUCGUGCCUCGUGACGGUUGUUUGAACCACAUCGAGGAGAACGACGAAGUGCUGGUUGCGGGAUUCGGUCGUAAGGGUCACGCCGUCGGUGACAUUCCCGGAGUCAGGUUCAAGGUGGUCAAGGUAGCCAACGUAUCACUCCUAGCAUUGUACAAAGAAAAGAAGGAAAGACCAAGAUCGUAGAUCUACUUCAUUGUGAUAAGUACUGCUGGGAUGGUGUUGCUCAUAAGUGUAAAUUCAAAAAAAUACAUAAAAAUUAAUACACAAUAAACUUGUGUAUGACAAAAAA